CUGAGGGCUGUGGAUCCAGGCCCUGGUCGCUGGCACCCUGUAUACUAUUUUUCCUGGAAGUGCUGCUUUGUGCAUUACAUAUAAUGAAUUUCCACACAACUGAUCUUAUAACAACAUGCCAGUACAGUGUGUGAUGAACUAUGGGCACCACUGCCACCCCUCAUACACCAGUCACAUCACCUGCCCCCAUCCACUAAUAACAUGGCACUAGAAGAUGCCGCCAUGUAGUUCUCUCUCAUUCCUCUGGACACUGGACUGCCACUCAAGAUGCCCACCUCACAGCAAACAUGGCAGAGCAUGUCCAUGGUCCACUGCCAGGAGAUGCCACCUGAGGAUUCCAUCGUGAACUCUGACCCCCUGCACACGACCAACUGGCGUUCAGAUUCAACUGUCGACGGCAGCGAGCAGAGGCGGUCUACAGAUUGGAAGAUUUUUGGAGUUUUUCGACAAUGGCGUCCACUGGACAGACAGAAGACAGCGAGGAGGAGAAGAGGGAAGAAAAGAGGAAGAGGGAAGAGGAGAGCAUCGCUGGAUCCAGCGCCUCAAGGAAGAGGAGAGCAACCGAGGAGAGCGGAUCGGAGGAUGAGGGGCUGACAUCAGACAGCAGCCAAGACACUGACACGUCCAGCCCCUAUGCCAGGCUUACCAUCAGCCGCUUCACCAUCCACCAGGUCUUGGGCAGGGGCAGCUUUGGCAAAGUGGUCCUGGCAUCAGUCCCUGGCCGAAAUAUCUACACGGCCGUCAAAAUGAUCGACAAAAAGUGGGACAAUGCAGACACCAUCACGAGAGAGCGGAGGAUACUCCUGGCCACCAGAGCCUGCCCGUUCCUAUGCCACCUGUAUGCCGCACAUCAGUCUCAGGAGCGGGCAUAUUUCAUCACGGAGUAUCUCUCCGGUGGCAGCCUGGAGGCUUUGAUCAAUAUGUGCGGCUACCUGAAUACUGACAGCGUAAGAUUCUACACAGCAGAGCUGGUAUGUGGCCUCCAGUUCCUCCAUGGACACAACAUCGUCCACCGAGAUCUGAAGCCGCUUAACAUCAUGUUGGAUGCAGAUGGACACAUCCGUAUAAUUGACCUUGGGCUGGCCCAAGAUGGUGUCACCGCCUCCAAUAAGAUCCGUGGAGUGACGGGAAGCCUUUAUUACAUGGCCCCCGAGAUACUUCUUAGGAAAAGUUACAGCACAGCAGUUGACUGGUGGAGUCUGGGGAUUGUGGUGUCCAGGAUGGCAUCAGGACACCACCCAUUUCACUAUGGCCCCUUCCGAAAGACGGCUCGCACAGCCAUUACCACCCAUGAGCCAAACAUUCCAUCUUGGCUUCAUGCUGAUGUGCAACAUCUUGUUGCAAAACUGCUGUGCAAGAAACCUAAGAAGCGUCUCGGUGUGCGUGGCAACAUACGGAUGCAUCCACUGUUUUCCACCAUCGGCUGGAAGGAACUGGAGGAGAGGAGGGCACGGCCGCCAUUUACACCAUUUCAGCGGGUUCUGGAGAAGCAACAUCUGUGUUGGCCGAAGGAUAAGAGAGCCCAUCACCCCGUGGCCGAAUUUAGCUACAUGUCACCUAGCUGGGCCCGGUGGAUGAGAAGAUCUGGGCUGGGAGGGAGUCCACGACCAUCUGGUGAGAGAUCACUAUAUAAACAGAACACCUAA